CUAAAAAGUCUCAGAUACGUAUUUUAAAAAUAAUUAUUGUUGAUGCAAAAUUUUUCGAUUGAAGAUUUGAAAUGUGGUUUUCUUUGAUUUUGAAUGAUAAAAAUUACAUAUUUAAAUCAUUUUAUGAUGACGAGACAUUCAGUGUGUAUUGUUCAGAUUUCGAAAACAUUUGGGUGGAAAAUUUAAAAACAAAUGAUAUUUGUAAUAGAUUUCAGUUGUUGAACAACGUUGAAAUGCCUGCGGCUAAGUUGAAAGCAAAACUUCAUUCAUUAUUUUAUGAAAAUCGUGAUGGUUGUAAUUUUAUUUUACAAAGUGAUGAAAAUCAGGCUUUAAAUGUAAAAUUACGUACAAAAUUUUCAAGUAAAGAUAUAGAAAUGGAUUUUAAGUUAAAAAAAGAAACGACAAUUUGUGUACGAAAAAUAUACCGUUAG